UCCCGUUCUCGCCGCCGAGCUGCUCCGGUAGCGCCGCUCCCCUCCUCCGCCCCGCGUCCUGACUUUCUUCCCUCCUUUCCUUCAGAGGAUGUCCGCCUUCCAGAUCAACCUCAACCCGCUCAAGGAGCCGCUCGGCUUCAUCAAGAUCCUGGAGUGGUUUGCUUCCAUCUUUACUUUUGCCACCUGUGGCGGGUUUAAGGGCAAAACAGAGAUUCUAGUGAGUUGUCCUUCUAAAGGUGUUGCAAAUGAGACGAUUACAGCAGCUUUUGGCUACCCAUUCAGGUUGAACCAGGCGUCCUUCCGCUCGCACUCCAGUGGCAACGUGUGUAAUGUGACGUGGGAAAAAUACGUCCUCAUAGGCGACUACGCCUCCUCUGCGCAGUUCUACGUCACCUUUGCCGUCUUCGUGUUCCUUUACUGCAUGGCUGCCCUGGUGCUCUAUGUGGGCUACACCAGCCUCUACCGGGAGAGCCGCAAGCUGCCCAUGAUUGACUUUAUUGUUACUCUUGUUGCCACUUUUUUGUGGUUGGUGAGUUCCUCGGCCUGGGCUAAAGCUCUUACAGAUAUUAAAUUAACUACCGGACAGAAUAUUAUUAAGGAACUUACUCAUUGUCAGCAGCCAUCAGAAGUCUUGUGUUAUUUCCACUCUGUGACUAGUAUGGGAUCCCUGAAUGUGUCUGUGAUCUUUGGCUUUCUGAAUAUGAUACUUUGGGGAGGAAAUGCUUGGUUUGUGUACAAGGAGACCAGCUUACAUAGUCCAUCAAAUACAUCAGCUUCCCACAGCCAAGGAGGCGUCCCACCCCCUUCUGGAAUAUAACUAAAUAUACUGUAUGAAAUGUGUGCUGUACUAUGCUUUGUUGCCAACAUCUUGAGAAGCAUUAUUGUUUCUAAUAAAAAGUAAUGGUUUUUUCAGUAAAUUGGUGGGUUUAAGAUUUUGCUGCUUUUCUAUAUAAAACGUGCCUUUUCUAGAAAUGUAAGAUGUAAAUGUAUUUGUACAUGUACGUUUGAACAUUCAGGAACCUGUUAUGAGAUGAUACUUAUUUUUAAGUGAACAGUAAUUUCACUGAGUUACCUUCUAAAGUGUUUACACCUUAAGCCUUAACAUAAACCUUCAUUCAGAAAAGUUAUGUCAUAUCAUAACACAGGAAGAAUGAGUUUGGAAUAUACACUACUCUUAGCUUGUGCACAUCGUAUCCCUCAGGCUUGGCUUGUUUAAGAAAACCUUGAUUGCAUAAUUUGUAUUUAGAAAAAAAAUUAGUACAAUUUUAUAUCUGAAUAUUGUUCAUGUUAAAAAAAUUUGAAUUGCAGAGACUGAGUAUAUAUUUUAAAUAUUUUUUCUAAAUGACCUGCUAUACUUAUUACGUGUACUAAGAUUGUCUUAGGAGCAAGGACUUGGAAAUUCUAACAAAUGUGUGGUGUUAACUUGGCGCUUCUGUUGCAAUUAUUUCUGGUGGUUUCUUAGGCUUGCUAUGUUAGAUCAUCGUUCCCAACGGUGGCUUUAUAUAUGUAGGCAUUCUCAGUGAUCCUUGUUUGAUGUCCUUGUUCAUGCCAAGGGAUAAAAAUCUACCUUCUUCUACAAGACCCUGGUUAUAGGGUCACUAAAAAUUAAGGUUGCCUUUUACUUUUGAAACAUUCAACAUUGAGUCAAUGAAGUUGCUUCUCCUGAGUUUAACAUUGAUAUGGUGAAAAUAAAUGCUGUUUGGAUUUCA